GAAAUGUUAAUGGUUUGUAGAAGACCCAGACUGCGACAUCAUGAGUACUGGUGUAACACAGAGCCUGCUUGAUCCCUUCACCAAGCGCCAAAUGAAGGAUCCGGUGAAGAACACUUGCUGCGGCCACAGCUAUGAGAGAAUCACCAUUCUGUCAUUCCUGAAGAGCAAGAAAGAGAUGAGGUGUCCAGUGGUUGGUUGCAGAUAUCAGGGCUACUUCAAUGAGAACCAUCUAGAAGACGACAGAGAAUUGUUAAGGCAACUCAAGCAUUUAGAGGAUAAGUAAAAAGCUACCUAAAAUGUUUUCCAUAGCAAUUAAUUAUUUAAUGAAAAAUACUUGACGUUCAGUAUUAUCAAAAAUAGAUCAUGAAGUUACCAAGUGUAAGAUUUAUUUCUUCCAUAUUGACUGUAAGUUCAUUUGUUUUUUUUUUUUUAAUAUUAACAAUGUGUUUUAACAUUAUGAUAUUUUAUAUUGUGUACGAAUAUACUAUUUAUCUAUGUGUAA